CACCCACCCACAUUUCCCACACGAUUCGAGAAGCGACUGUUUACAUGCAUUUGGGAGAUGGUGCGAUGUGAACUCAGUGAGGUGGUGGAGUCACGUGUGAUCCGUAGUGUUGCCUCACCUUUUUACAGCGUUAUGCGGGAGGAAAGUACCCGCCAAGAUGCGAACAUUUUGCGGGGCCGUGCAUCAACAACGGCAAAAACAUCAUGUGAUUUGCCUUCAUUGCUGGAGACAGCACGUCACUAUAUGUGCUUCCCACAGAAAAACACUAGAGAUAUGCGAAGGGAUCUUGAUUCACCUGCAGCAUUUUCUACCGUUACCCUUAUAGGUGGUACUGGUUUCUUUGCACGCUUUGUGGCAGAGCAGUGCCUUAGGCGUGGUAUUAGUAUAACAGUUCUUGCUCGGGAUCUUAACAAUGCAAAGUCUGUUUUUACCGCGAUGAAUGAACGUGGAGCUGCGAGUGGUGUUGAGUUCACAGAAGAACACCAUAACGAUAUUCCAGGUAUUGGAUCCUCUGUGCGCUACACAUAUCACACAAGACCCGGUGCGGCUGCUCCACUUCAAGUGGAACUUCUUCAGGGCGAUGUGAAUUCUCCCGAGGCGGUGCGGCAUGCGGUGCGGCAGGCCUCACUUGUACUUUAUACGGCAUCUGCAAAGAAUCGUAACAAUAAUAGCAAUAGUAACGGGAACUGGUUAUCGAGGUUUUUUCUUCCUGGUUGUGCGCAGGUGGAUGUGGGUGGGUUACGUCAGACUAUAGAAGCGUGUAAUCUUGUGGAUGCACAUCUCGUGGUGUUUGUACCGCUCUUCAACAGACCCUCGUGGAUAUCACCACUGCAGUGGAUCCGCAGAGUGUUUUUGUAUCCCCGUGGUUAUUUAAAAUCCACACGGCAGCAAGAGCGUCUUCUUCUUAACGAUGAUGGGACUCCUAAUACACUCUGUAUGCAGCGUGAUACCCCCCUUCGCUUCACCCUGUUCCGUGUAUGUGGUAUAGUGUACCCAACUUUCAAUGAGCGCAUGCUAAUAGCAAAAAAUAACAAAAUAUCGGAUCCCAUUCACUUUAUUUCGCUUCGCCAUGGGGAUGUGGAUGCGAAGAUGUUGGCUAACGUGGUGUUGCGCGCUGUGGGGCUCUGCCGUUCUUCGAUUGGGAGUCGUCUGGACGUGGCGGGUCACAUGCGACACGGUGUGGACUUGGCGCAUGUAGAUAGUCUCUUACAAGCUCUACGGCAUGAGUAG